CUUCAAGAGUAAAUGCCGUUCAUAAACAACCAUGCACUACAGCCGAAACUCGAUGAACUCCACUAGCGCUUCCUCCGCUGGCUUGUUCUCCUUGGAAGACUUCUAAAAUUUCACUUCUAGAGCUUCGGCAUCACUGAUGCUCACCUUCUCGGCGGUAUUGAGAUCAUUAGUACUAACCCGCAACUCGGGUGCUAGAUCUAACAUUUUCAAAUCAUCUACCACCACGCUAACUGAAAACCCCCAACCACUGUCGCGUUACAAAAUGCCAACCUAGUGUGAGAUGCAGCAAUUGAUUUCGGUUGACUGAAUAUACUCUUCAGGGGUUUUAGUUCUGGCUCACCUAUUGUCUUGCCCUGAAAUUAGGGUUAGGGUUUGUCUCUUUUUCGUCUCCCCUGUUUCAGUCUGACUUGAACUGUCAGGGGUUUAGCAGGGUCUUAGUGAAUUGCUAUCAUUUCCGGCAUCAACAAUUGUUGCACUACUACAGUGUCGAAGGGUAGUGAUCAAGUAGGAACAAUGGAGACUAAUCCGCUUGCAGUCCCUGCGAACAAUAUCAUCUGUUCUCUCACGGACCCGGAGAAUCGUAGUUUAGGUCCCCCGCUUGAUCUUCCUCAGGAUGCAGGUCCUAAAGAGCUCCAUCUCCUCAUUAACACGCUUCUUCAAAAUGAAGAGAAGCUGCCUUACGCGUUCUACAUCAACGACAAAGAACUCGUUGGAAGCUUGGGAGCCCACCUGAAACAGAACAGAGUGUCUGUUGAGCAGGUACUACAUAUAGUGUAUCAACCACAGGCUAUAUUUCGAAUCAAGCCUGUCACCCGUUGUUCUGCUAGCAUACCUGGACACUCGGAAGCAGUGUUAUCAGUGCAAUUUAGUCCAGAUAGUACUAAGCUUGCUAGUGGGUCAGGUGAUACUACUGUCCGAUUCUGGGACAUUUACACACAAACGCCUCUAUUCACUUGUACGGGACAUAAGAACUGGGUGCUAUGCAUUGCAUGGUCGCCGGAUGGCAAAAUGCUUUUGAGUGGAAGUAAAGACGGGGAGCUGAGGCUGUGGGAACCUACAACAGGCAAGGCCAUAGGCAAUCCCUUUACAGGACAUAAAAAAUGGAUAACAGCUGUUGCAUGGGAACCAGCCCAUCUUCAGUCUCCGAGCCGGCGAUUUGCUAGUGCUAGUAAAGAUGGCGAUAUUCGUAUAUGGGACACCACUCUGCACAAGACAGUUAUGUGUCUUAGUGGCCACACACUUGCAGUAACCUGUGUAAAAUGGAGUGGCGAGGGCUUUAUUUAUUCUAGUUCUCAAGAUUGUACAAUAAAGGUUUGGGAGACUACUCAAGGGAAACUUAUCCGGGAGCUUAAGGGACAUGGACAUUGGGUGAACACACUGGCGUUGAGCACAGAGUACGUACUGCGAACCGGUGCUUUUGAUCACACUGGUAAACAAUAUAAUUCGGCUGAACAGAUGAAGGAGGCAGCGUUGGUCAGAUACAAGGCAGCGAAAGGUGAAUCACAAGAGCGGCUAGUGUCAGGGUCAGACGAUUUCACUAUGUUUUUAUGGGAGCCAGGGACUAGCAAACAGCCAAAAGCUAGAAUGACAGGCCACCAACAGUUGGUCAACCACGUGUAUUUCUCUCCUGAUGGACGCUGGAUUGCUAGUGCUUCAUUUGACAAGUCUGUCAAGCUUUGGGAUGGAUAUACGGGAAAAUUUCUUGCCACGUUCCGUGGCCAUGUGGGCCCUGUCUAUCAAAUCAGUUGGUCUGCAGACAGCAGGCUAUUAGUCAGUGGAAGCAAAGAUUCCACAAUGAAGAUGUGGGACAUGAGGACACAAAAGCUGCGAGAAGAUCUUCCAGGUCACGCUGAUGAGGUUUUUGCCGUGGACUGGAGUGCUGAUGGUGAAAAAGUUGCCUCUGGAGGCAGGGACCGAGUUCUCAAGCUGUGGAUGAGCUGACUUAUAGAUCUUAUUGUCUUCAAACUAAUUCGAUAACAUAGCAUUACUUAUACACCAGAGCAUCCUUGCAUUUGCGCGUUGAAAAGAUUUAUGUCUAAUAUUGAUACAAUCCUAAGUAGGUAAAUUGCGUACACGUGAACUUGAAAAUCAAUUUUAUGAGAGAUCAAUCCAUCUUAUGUUGUGGUUAAGUACCA